AGGCCGGCCAAAGGCAGACUCUUGACGCAGGGCUCCUGCCAAAACACACGCAGCCAAAAUGGCCGAAGAUGCUGACAUGCGCAAUGAGUUGGAAGAAAUGCAGCAGCGGGCUGAUCAGAUGACUGAUGAGUCCCUCGAAAGCACCCGUCGUAUGCUUCAGCUCGUUGAAGAGAGCAAAGAUGCUGGUAUCAGGACUUUGGUUAUGUUGGAUGAGCAAGGAGAACAACUGGAACGCAUCGAAGAGGGAAUGGACCAAAUCAAUAAGGACAUGAAGGAAGCAGAAAAGAAUUUGACGGACCUAGGAAAAUUCUGUGGUCUUUGUGCCUGUCCAUGUAACAAGCUUAAAUCAAGUGAUGCUUAUAAAAAGGCCUGGGGCAACAACCAAGAUGGCGUGGUCGCCAGCCAGCCGGCACGCGUGAUGGACGAGCGAGAACAGAUGGCCAUCAGCGGUGGAUUUAUCCGCAGGGUAACAAAUGAUGCUCGAGAAGGCGAGAUGGAUGAAAACCUGGAACAAGUCGGUGGCAUGAUUGGGAAUCUCCGUCACAUGGCCCUGGAUAUGGGCAAUGAGAUUGACACACAGAACCGCCAAAUCGACAGGAUCAUGGAGAAGGCUGUUUCCAACAAAAACAGGAUCGAUGAGGCCAAUCAACGUGCCACAAAGAUGCUGGGCAGCGGCUAAACGCUGCUGCGGACGGCUCCUCCGGACCU